AUGGCCGCCUUGUUCCUUCACGAGCCGACUAACUCUCCGUUCAGUAACACAUUUUGGCUUCCGGAGAUCAUCUACGACCUCACCCUGGUACUCAGUCCACAUGCCUUUCUUCUGGGGAUGCUGUUCCACAUCCAGGCGUUCAAGUCGUCGAGCAUCAAAACCGCGGAGCAGCUGUACAGCCUGGGCAUUCUGGACAGGCUCAAUCAGCAGGAACUGCCCCUGCGGGAUGAUUUGCUGGACAAGUUCGUCUUCUGA